GAGGAAAACCUCCUUCCAAAAAAACUCAUCCCACUCGAUCGACGGCCUCAGUCCUGUAUGCUCGUCGCCGGCGAUGCCCAGCACCCUGAAGCGCCCCUCCCUCGGCCGCCUGCUCGCCUCCCUCCGCCCGCCGCCGUCCCGCGCGGGCUCGCCGUCCAACUUCCCCGUCCAGACCGGUUUCCCCACAUCCCUCGCCGACCUCGUCGUCAAGAACCAUGGCCGCCUCAGGAAGCCCCGGAAGCCGCGCCGACCCACCGCCGCUCUAGUGCCGCCUCCAGUGGCGCUGACGGUGGCUGCCGAAGAGCUUCCUCUGUCGCCGCCGCCCCAGCCUCUCUCGCCGGUGGCGGUGCAGCGUCCGGACGCGGCGCCUCGGCCGCCAGAAGGCGGCACCGUUUUCCGGCUCCGUCCGGAGCUCCUCGUGCUGGGCGGCACCGUGGCGCUGGCACUCCUCGCGCUGUGGAGCGAGGGGACGGUCGCGGCGUUCACCGUCGCCGCGCUGUCGCUGCUCUGGAUCGAGUCCUCCUCCCGCCGGCGCCGGCGGCUGCCGACAGCGGAGGCCGACGCGAUGCUGGAUUCGUGCGGCCGCGGCGCCGCCUCCCCGAUUCGGGAGGUGGAGGAAUCGCCCAGUUCUAGCUGCUCCGAUUCCGACAAGGGGGAAAGGAGCGCGCUUGUCGCCGGCGGCGGCGACGAUUUGACCACCCCGAAGCGGAAGGGGAAGAGGUCGCUGAGGAAACUGAUCUCCAAGAAGCUGCAGAAGAAGCCGAAGUCCAAGGAUUCGUCGAGCUCUUACAAGGGCGAGGCCGAGCAGCCGGACGCUGCCGCCGGCGACGACAUCGAGCCAGCGACGCCCGAGGCUCCGAUCACUUCCAACGAGCGGACGCCGUCGGAAUCAAGCAUAGAAUGGUCGUCGUCGUCGUCAGAAGCAGCGGCGGUUGUGGCGGAUGGACGAGGGGCCGGCAGAUUUCCCCUCGCGGCGUUCGUCCCGGUGAUCCUGACAGGCCUGGCCGUCGGGAAGCUCCCGGCGACGGCGCUUUCCGUGCUCUGCAUAGUGUUCUCCAGUGCCGUCCAGCGACUGAAGUAGCUAGUGAUGGCAGUGACCAUGGAUGAUCAAUCAGUUCAGCCCGGAGAAUCCACCCAGAUCCCCUCGAAACCGGGGGAGCUCUGCUCGACCGACCGCAGAGAUCGACCGAGUUUUUAGUUCGUUCGUUCGUGUCGUUUGUCCGUUUGUACAAAAAUCAGAGAGACAGAAGAAAUCCAUACUGUUCUUGA